AGCAUUCAGUAGCUUCUGGCUCGUCGCUCCACACACAUACUAGCAAAACAGUUGCGUCAAGCAGAGGUGAUACACGCGAGCAGGCCAAGUCUUGUAACCUGUGGUAGUGAACUUGAUAGGCACGACGGCGGCCUUUGCAGAGUAUUCGUGUGAGUGGGGUGACAAUUUCGGCGCACUGGAGGACAGCAGAUACAGCUCGGGCGUGUCGCCAUGCCCACAGAGCAACAUGGAAUCUCCGCAGCUCUACGAUAGUUCGGACUACAAGAAGAGUGCCACUGUUCCACUCAAGGUCAAAGGCAACCUGUUGUACCCUAACGAGGAGUACGGCGACUUGGCGGAGCUAAGCGCGCCGGAAAUCUCCCUCGACCUACACAACCUCAUCGACGACUCACAGUUCAACGAGGGCUUCAUCCAAGGCAUCGAGAGCCUCAGCGUCGACAAAUCUGCCGCCCCGCGGGGCCUCGGCGCCAACAACAUGUACAACCCCCUCGCCUACCUGCCCCAGCCCGUCCACGGUGCCACCCAGUUUGACCGACAAUACCACGAUCGCGGCCACGACCGUGCCCCGCCAAUCAAGGAGGAGCCCCAAGACAACCACCACCCCGAGCUGGCGCCACACGAGUACAGCUCCUGCGCCAGAGUUGGGGCUGCGGCGGCGGCGGCGGCGAACUAUGGGGCAGCGACGGCAGGCUACCCGACGAGUGUGCCAGCGUACAACAUGACGCCCACGACGGUGCCCGGUGCCGAGUCCCUGUGCAGAUCGCCCCUAAGGUCCCCGUCGAGCGGCAAACUGAUGGCCGCAUGUAAGAAAAACGUCGACAAAGGCAGUGAGGAGUACAAGCGAAGGAGGGAGAGGAACAACAUCGCCGUCAGGAAGAGCAGGGAAAAGGCGAAGGCGAGGACCAGGGAGACCGAGGAGAGAGUUAAGGUGAGACACUUGCACCAUCUUGUGUACUCUGCUGAGAAAGGAUGUGGAGGUCUUCCACCCAUGUUCGCCAACGUCCACUGUCUGCCGGAACACGUGCAACGGGAGCUACGCAAGCAGAUGGAGGCGUUCAAUCAGCAGCACCAACACCUGGUGAACAUGUGAUCCCGGCCCGGCCCUGCCCCGGUUCACCCCGCCCGCCGCUCUUCACCCCACGGCGUCUGUCCGCGUGACACGCGUCUAUACUCCAGUCUAGACGCGCCAACUCCAUGGCCAGAUGAACUGAAUGGCACGGUAGACGACAGGCGUGGGCUGGUCCGAAGGGGCAGUGGUCUGGACAUGCUGUAGAUC